UAUGUAUACCAACUGCUAUCACUCGACAUUCCUCCCAUAGAGUAACUCUGGGAAUUUCUUCAUUUACCAUCUUUUUAACAGUGUAAAUUUUUAAAUUUAAUUUACCUGCUACUGCUUACAUACAUAUAUAUGUCCUUGAAUACAUACCGCCAACGGACUACAUCCAUCCCAUUUACACAACCUCACUCAACCCCAUCAGACUACGGGGAACAAACCAUUCCCAGCAUGGUUCGCCGGCGACUCAACAACCAAAGUACCAGCUCCGGGGAUAUUUCAGCAGAUGUGGACGAUAUAUCACCAUCUAUACCGGGGAGACGAAAGGAAGAUCACAUUGAGCGGGAGAAAGGGGAACGGAAACGGAAACGGAAUGGAAAUGGAAAUGCGGCCGCACCAUCCCCAUCUUCAUCCGCGUACAACUGGGUCAUUCUAGCCAUUGCGAGCGGUUUGUUCGCUGCCACGAAUGGGCUGUUUGCGAAAUUGACUACAACCCACCUCACAGCCACCAUUUCCCAGACUCUCUCUCACUUCCUCAACCUCCCUCCCUCCUCAGCGAGGAUAGCGGAAUAUAUAACCCGCGCCCUCUUCUUCGCCCUCAACAUCCUCUCCAACGGGGUAAUGUGGGCCAUGUUCACGCGGGCCCUGACGGCCUCAGCGUCGAGCACAAAAGUGGCCAUCACGAACACGACGGCGAAUUUCUUGCUUACGGCAUUGUUGGGGAUGGCGGUUUUUGGGGAAAGGGUGGAUGGGUUGUGGUGGGUGGGUGCGGCGUUGAUGGCGGGGGGGUGUGUGGUUGUGGGGAUGAGGGAAGGGGGGGAAGGGGGGGACGAGGGGGAGGUGAGUUAGUUAACUAAAGCGUGGAUGAUGAAUUGGUGGGCGGGUUUUGCUCUAUGCGAUGGGUUUGUUUGUGGAGUUGGUAGUUCGGUCGGUUUGUGCUGAAGGGAAAUAGAAUAAAUAGAGGUCGUGACUACUGCGAGUCCAUAUAUGUGCGUUGGAAAAUUAUUAUAUAAUAUGUUAAGAUGUCUAUAUAUCACUCAGGGCUAGCAUUCCCACAAUUUCUAACCUCUUCAGAGCCUAAUAUCUAAAUGCGCGAGAUAUGGGCCUUGCCUAGCAACAAUUGAAUACAACAGAGCAUGAAAAGAGAAAAGAAGAAAAGCCCCACUCCCCGCCAUUAGUCCAAAAAAAUUUCACACGUACAUAUAUAGUACAUUCAUUCAUUCAUACAUACAUACAUACGAUAUCACGGAUACCUAAUUCCCUCUCUCCUCCAGCUCCACAAACCCCUCCAACUCCUCUGUCCCAUCCACAAUAUCCGACGAAGUUCUCGACUGCAAUAAUUCCC